AUAAAAGGUGCGUUACAGCGUCGUCUCAUCACAGUUGAGAGGGUACAUUUCCAGAUUCAGAUUAAUUUCUUUAGUCAUAUUUACGGAACUAAUAAUUAUGAGCCAACUCAUAAAGCAGGCCAGAGAGUUAUAUAAGGCCGAAAAGUUUGAGGAGUGUUAUAAACUCACUGGGGAACUGCUAGUUAAUUCAAAAGAUUAUGGGACACUAGUUAUGCAUGGAGCCUGUUGCUCUCAAAUUGGAGACGAGAAGGAAGCGAUUGAAUCAUAUUUCUCGGCUCUUUCGAUCGAUUCUACUAACAACAUGGCUUGGAUUGUAAGUUUGUUCAAGAAUCGUGACCUUUUGGUAUUUGUUGAGAUUUAAGUUAUACCCAGUGUCACAGAUUCAGAUUUUCAGAUUUAUGUAGUAAGGACAGGUCUUUGGCCUAUCUUAUUCUUUUUGUGGUAUGAUUCUGUGACUGUUCAGUCUUCUCUUGAAUGAGUCAGUUGAAGGUGUGGACACUACUGCUUCGAGCAGCAGGUUCCAAGUAUUGAUAACUCGGUGUGAAAAUUUGUAUGCCACGGGUAUUUUAUUUGUUCGUGGACUUCCUACUCGCCCGCUAUGUCCUCUGAGAUGUCGCGAUCUAGUGGGAAAAGAAUAUAAGUCCAAAAUCACUUCUCGGUAUUAUAUACAUCAAAUUUAGGUCUCCCCUUAGUCUACAAUAGGACAGAGUUAGGAGGUUCAGCUUUUCAAGCCGCUCUUUGUAUGGUAAACUUCGGAGUUCUGGAAUUGCACGGGUAGCUGUUCAUACUUUUUCUAGGAUAUCCGAGCCACCUUUUAAACAAAGGAAUACCAAGAUUUUUUAGCCUCAAGAGUAGUCUGUUUGUUGGCACCUCGUCAAAUGCUUUGCUGAGGUCCAUGUAGAGCACAACUACCGAUUUUCUGUUGUCCAUAGCCUUUGCCCAAUGCUCCCUUGCUAUAAGGAGGUUUAUUGUGCAAGAUAAACCUUUUUUGAAACCAUGCUGUCCGCUGCUUAAUAAGUUGUUAUGUGUUUAUUUAUUUAAACACACAAAUAUAGGUACAAAGGGGUACCAGAUACAUAUGCGCCACACAAAUCAAAUGAGAUUUGUGUGAGAGCUGUGAUACUGCCCAGGUGCCCAAACUGAAGCAGGUUAACAAGUUGUUAGUUUCCACAAAUGUCAUUAUAGUCUUUUUGACUAUUCUUUCUAGUAUUUCGACUACGACACUGGUGAGGCUAACAGGUCUGUAGCUAGAUGGAAGUUGUCUCGAUCCUGCUUUAUGUAUGGGAGUGACGAUUGCAUCCUUCCAGUCCAUAAGUAACACACCUUGGUCAAGUGACACCAAUAUCACAGUCAGUGGGCUGUGAUAUAUUGUGCAAUAUGUCUCAGGAUUUCGAGGUGUAAUUCAUCCAGUCCUGUUGACUUUUCCAUGUCUAAGGUGCUAAGAGCCUUGAGUACAUCGUCUUUAUCAAAGCCCACGGUGAGCAGGUGGUUUGUUGACUCUGUAUUUGGGUCUGGUUCUUUGUUUAGAAGUGGUUCCUGAGUAAAAACUACCCCAAAAUAAUUAGCCAUAGCCUCUGCUUUUUCCUGGUCUUCCUCUAUCAUAUCAGAUUCACUCCCUUCUUUAAUUAGAUUGGGAAUCCAAUGAUACAUUCUUGUUCUGUAGUCUAUGUACGAGAAUAUUGUCUUAGGCUGCUUAAGUGCAGAUUGUGCCAACCGCAUUCCAUAUUUUCUCUGAGCUUCCAGAAUUUUAGUUAUACACAUGUUUCUUACAGAUGUGUAGCGUUCCAUCGUACCUGCUGUGCCGAAGGUGAUAGCAACAUUCCGACGUUUCUUUUGUCUUAGUAAACGUUGAAUAUCCUGGCCUAUCCAGAUAUGACCGUGCUUCUCCUUUAGGACUGUCCAGGGUAUGUAUGAUUGAGUUACCCGAUUGUAUAACUGUCUGAAAUGAGUUCAUGCCUCUUGUACUGAUGCCCUUGAGUCAAUUUCCCAGUUUUCAGUCGAUGCUGCGGAGUUUAUUGCCCCCAUAUCUGCCUUCCAUAUAGUUGAACGGGCUGGCACAACUGUUCGACAGGCAAUCUCAGCCAUGAAUUUGAAUAAUAUGACUGCAUGGUCACUUCUCCCUGGUGGUGGUAGGAAAGUCAUUUGACCAACAGCAUCACCGUGUGUAAAGACUAAAUCCAAAAAAUAGAAGAGGAGUUUCUUAAGUCAUAUCUUGUUGGAUUUCUAAUGUGUUGGAAUAAAGCUAAUCCAAUCGAGGUUUCUGACAGUUUGCAAUCGGAUGACGUUAUCAAUGACCCUACUUCUAAGUUAACCCAGUUUCUACACGGUGCAUUAAAGUCGCCUACUACAAGUCUUUUACCAUUUCUACACCAGGACUUAGGUUCGCUUAGGAGAAAAUCGUUUACUACACAUUCUGAACUGCGAUAUACUACAACUAUUUCAAUAUCUUGCCGUCUACAUUCUAGCCUGCAAAACACCAGUUCACAGGUCCCUAAAUCAUGUGCCACUGUCUCAACAGCUUGUAUGGUUAAGGUACUUUUCGUGCACAAGAUAACCCGUCCCCCUACGGUUUAAUCUAUCAGCCCUACUGGACAAAAAACUAGUCAUCUGAAUUUCAUUAUCAAACACUUAUGACAUUAUCCAUGUUUCUGAGACAGCAACGACAUCCGGUUUUUCUAUAUCUACCAUUGUCUUGAGCUCUUCCAUUUUAUUUAGUAGGCUGCGAGCAUUUAUGUAGCACUCCUUUAAUUCCGUGGAGAACUUUUCCUCACCACCAAGAGUGGUUUUGGGAUGGUUUGGCUUCCAACUUUUACAAUGUAAAAACCCGUAAGAACGAGGUUUCUUUCACCGUUUCGGCGGCGCUCGUUUAUUUCCACUUCUGCAGCUCAUCUCAAUACGAUCGGCUAGACUGAGAUCCUCACGGACGUAUAUUCCAGACCCAAUCAAUUUACGUGGGUUACCUAGAAUCGGGUUCCUUCCUUCAAUCGUGGUAAAUGUAACCUUCAAGAGGUGGCUUUUCUGAGGACUUUCAGAAUCCACUUUUUGUCCUAUUCUGUAAAGCUUACAGAUGCUAACUCCUGAAACUGUUUCUGGGAGUAGCUUGCUUAUUAAAGACAUAAUAUGACUGAGGUCGUGCUCAAAUCUAGCCUUUGGUUCCUUAUCCGAAGAUUCUUUUAACUUAUGAAAAAUGACUGACUUCUCAGCGACGUCUGUGGGAUUUUAGUUCCAGAAUUCGUCUCUUCCUUGCACUCAAAUUUCGAUUCAGCAUCAAACACUUAGGUCACGUUCUGUUUUCUGACUUUUCUUUUCCUAGGUGUGACUGUGAGCCACCUUAUUUUGUCUCUUAAUCACUUGCUGUACACUGCUCAGACUUGGCUCCCCUAUAGUUUGUAUUACAUUGAUAUGUGAAUCCGGAACUGAACCUGCAGAUCUACAUACCUCAGUAUUGUCUAUAGGUAGUUUUUCCCCAACGCGCUUCUUUCUUCUUAUAACAAUGCCUACAUCCAUAUGCUUAUCUGUUUCCCUGAUAAGGUCCACCUUUGUGGUCUCAUUUAAGUCUAGACCUGGGCUCAUAAUCACGCUCUCAAUUUCCUCGAAAUCAGAGUUCUGAUCAUCUGCUGCUGUCUGUUUUAAAGCUCGAUCGCCUCUAGAAUCAGCAGAGACUUAGUAGAACAACAUUCUUUACACAACCAACAUGAUAAUGGCUUGCAGCACCGUUUAUAUACAGUCGGCGUGAGUUCGGUGCACACAUUGUGAUACCACUUAUUGCAGUUAUCACAUUGCAUCCCCUCAUAGACUGGGAAAUAGCAUGCUAGUCUACCACAACGAGUUUGUAAUUGCGCCGAAGAUUUUUAUGUUUCUAUAGAAAUAAAAUAAAGAAACAAUAUAAAAAUCCGACUUCAAUAGUUACAAAAAGAUCUUAACACCUAUGGAUACAAACAAUGCUCAAAGAUACGUUCAGAGACGAAAAAUAAGUAUCACUACCUUUAGUUUUAUGUAUCUGUACUCGUAAAGUACAGAUGAUAAACUUCUCUAGAGAAAAAGCGGUACUCUUGGGAAUUACUUUAACUAAAAAAAUUCAAUUAAUGCAAAAAUAGUAGUCUUGAUGCGUAAUUUAACGAUCAAUGCCACAAAAUUUACUUAGAGGAAAAAUACCGCUGUCAUUUUUGAAUAGCGCGCGUGUCACGAAGCUAAAGUAGAAGUAAAAACAACAUGUUGGGCAUAUGUAAUAAAGACUACUAGGAAUAUCUAAAUCGCCUUCACUUUUCCGUUGUACUUUAUCCCGAUUCCAGUUUCGACAUCAUUCUACGGUUCAAAGAACUUUUUAGCCUUUCUUCAGACCUCAGCUAAUAUGGUCUUUUAUGAAGGACUGAUAUUUGUCGCUUUACUCGAGUUAUGGAGUUCCAAGUAGAAUAAAUUCUACAUAAUGCGAAAUGCUGCUUUUUACUGCUCAUUCGAUCCCUUAUUGAAUAAUUCAGUUUCUUUCGCAUUUGCUCCAUUGUCAGGGUCUUUACAACGAAACCAAGAAAAGCCCGUACAAAAAUCGAAGAAUUCUUUUAAGAGUAUGCACAGCACUCAUCGGAAAAUGCUCAAAGUCUGACUCCACUGGAAAAUAUUUAGAGUACGCAAAAAUGCUUGUCCAAAUCGUCGUUCAGUUUCGACUACCAUUACCCAUUGAUUUUAAUGAAUUUAAUGAUAUAUGUGAAUUUAUUCUUGAACAUGAUCCAGACAAUUUAUAUGCUCUUGAAGCUACUUUUCGUUUACAAAUCGAAUAUUUCUUAUUCUAUGGAUUUCCUGAAUUUAUUGACCAGAGUUUAUGCAGUAAAUUGAAAUUCGAGAAUAUAACGCAGCAAUCAAAAGUACCUUGUAUCACUUCAUCAGCUGUAUAUCUCAAACGAUUAAAACAAUUCGAACAAAUAGUACAACAACCAACCAAUGUAACUAAAACAGCUCAUAUUACAUUAUGUUUGAGUCGAUUGUUAUACCGUUUAUACAUUUAUUUCAUUCCAAAUUAUUCAUCAACCAAUAGUAUUGAUGAUGAUGUCAUUACAAAUUCUAACAAUCGAAAUAAUGAAAAAUGUUUGGAUUUAUGGAAUCUUAUUCAAAGUGAUAUUAACAAACUUGAUUUCAACGGAGUUGUUGGAUUUAUUAACUCUUUAAAGAAUAGAAUAAUUGAUCUUCAUGCCGGACUUUUGUAUGUAUUGGCUGCGUUUAAAUUGUAUCAAUUCAAUAGUUGUAAUGAAAUCAUUAAUACAUUAAUAUCUUUUAUUGAUAGAAAUUGUACACAAUUUUAUUCAGAAUCUAAAAGUUUAUCUGAACCUAUAUCGAAAUUUAUCAGUUAUACAUCAAAUCUGAAUUUCUCUCAACGCACAUUAUGCACACCAUUUCGUUUCAAUUUAAACGGACUGGAAGAUAAUGAUUUACCAACAAAAUAUAAUAUAUAUACAAUAAUUAAUUCUUGGUUACGGAUAUUAUACAUGGCGAAUAUUUGUAAUUCAGAAAUUUCUACGAAAAGUACUGAUGGAAAUGUUGAAACGAUUCUUCGUCAAUUGGUAAAUACAAAAGAUAUCCCAUCUACUUGGAUAGAUGUUUAUCAAACUUUGUAUUUGGAAUACUCCCUUAUCGUUAACAAUUUAGAAGCGGCAUUUAGUAUUCUUGAAAAGUGGAAAAUACAUCAUGGUUGUCAAAUGAAUAAGACAAUUCCAAACAGUAUUGGUUUAUCUCCACGUUUUCGAAUAUGUUUGAUAUGGUUGAAAGUAUCUAAGUUUAUUUCUACCAAGUUGAUGAACAAUUCAGAUACAACAAUACCACAGCCUAUUGUGAAUGAAUUUUUGGAUUUACUUAAAACAAAUAAUCUCACUAUUCAUUCAACUCGUUAUCAGUAUUUAAUUGGAUAUAUAAUGAAAAUGUUUACACAAUCCUUUACAAAUUAUCCUGAAACUAUGGGCUGUGAUCGACAGUUGAAUGCAUUUUCUCUUGGUGUUCAAUUUGAUAAGUGUUAUUAUGCGAACUAUUUACAACUAGGGCAUAUACACCGUGAAAUGGAGAGUUUUAAAGAGGCACUGACAUCCUAUGCUGAAGCCUAUCGUUUGAUGCCUGGUUCGCCAGUUUGCGCGUAUUAUUAUUCAGUGGCAUUGUGUAAGCAAGAACAAUGGGAAAACGCUUUAGAUGUGUAUUCAUCUGUUGAUCAUAAUGAUUUCACAAAAGAUAUGUGGCUUAAUUAUGGCUUAAUUAAUUUACGUCUGGGUCGAAUAAAUGACUGUUUGCCAGCAUUACAACGUGUUGUUUUAGCUAAAAAUGACGCAUUAUAUUGGGAAAUUCUCGGUGAAGCUUACUUACUUCGUAGAAGUUAUGAAACAGCGGUAAAAGCUUUCAAUCGUGCUUUAGACUUAGAACCGAACCGACCAUUUACACUAGUUCUAUGUGGAAGAGCUUAUCGUCAUAUGAAUGAUAUUUACUCAUCACUUUGUUGUUUUAAUAAUGCUCUAAAAAUGAUUGAAGACAAUUACAUGAUUGAUCGAUUAUACAGAAAAUUCUAUGUCUUGAUUAUGAAAGAACUGGUUGAAAUUCAUAUAUUCAAAUGUCAAUCUGGCAUGUAUCAAGGAUGUACUGGUCAAGCGUUGAACGAUUUACAUCAUACUUUAACCUUGUUAAACAAGUUAUUGAAUUAUUUUGUCGGUUCCAAAGUUGUACCAUUCUGGUUUUUCCGAUAUACAGGUGAUAUCCUCAGCCUAUUGUCUAUGAUUGAUGAUCCCGAACUAUUAAUCGAUGUCCCGACACGUUUAGUUUCUUUAAUGAAUGGUGCUCAAUAUCUGUCCGAAUCGAAGGAACCUACGGAAACGAUUAAAGUUAAUAUUGUCACAUGUCUUCACCUUGGUGGGAUCUAUCUAGCCUGUGCUCUUCGUACAUCGAUCAGUUCAAUUCGAUAUCCAUCACAUUCAUUAGAUCCAAAUGUACUCUCUAGCAAUAAAGAUGCUGAAUCGAGUACCACUACUACUACUACAUCGACAACUAAAACGGAUCCAUUGAAAUUAUUAAUAAUCAGUUCUAUAUUAAUUAGUUUAGGCAUUAAUCAACUUAAUCAAGGUUAUUAUAUACAACGUAAUAAUAUUUCGCCGGAAUCAUUCAUUAAAACAAAUCAAUUAGAUCAUAUUGUUGAACCAUUCAAUUUCAUUAUGAUACCAAAUGAAUUAUUUUAUUUAUCUGAAUCAACAUUAAAAAAUGCAUUACAAUUAUUAGAUAAUUUAUCUAGUAUCUAUGGUGAAUUAUUAGAAGAAAUAUUAAAAGAGAAAAGUUUACAUGAACCAAGUACAAUAACAACUGAUGAUGAAAUUGAUGAACAAGAUAUACGUGAUCGUAUUAAUUUAAUUAAAAAACUUCAAUCACGUGCAUGGGCUUCAUUAGCUGGUGUUUAUUCAACAAGUGAUGAAAACUUGGAUUCAGAAAUUACUUAUUGUCUUUGUCAAGCAUUGCUUUAUAAUCCUGAUAAUACCACCGUCAUGGUUAAUUUGGCAAUGCUACAAAUGAAACAGGGUCAAACUGAACUUGCAGUUAAUUUGGUAGAACAAGCUAAAGCGAUUGAUCCAGAUAAUUUUAGAGUUUGGCUUGUUUCAGCUCAAUUGACUGCUGUCAUGUCUGGUACUCCGUCGAUCGGUCCUGGAUUAUUAGUCAAUACGGAAGUGUUGAGUCAUUUGAUACAUGCUGCGUAUACCGGUUCAAAUUAUCAAGUAGCUUCACAGCUUACACUGCAUUUGAUGCCUAUAAUUAUUGAAUAUUCUGGAUUUAAUUUCCUUUGUGAUCCAUCAGCAUCAUCUUGUCCAUCAAAAGAUAUGUCACAAUUAAUUCAGGUUUUCGAUAAACGAGCACAUUUACGCCUAUCUGUCAAUGUGGCUAUAGAAUGUUUAAAUCGGGCUAUCGCUUUCCAGCCUAAUAAUGUACGGUUAUGGCAUAAUCGGGGUAUUUUACUCCAAUUGGUGGGAUAUUCCGUGCCCGCAAAACAUUGUCUUCAAAAAGCUGUUAUGUUAUUGAAUAAACAAAACCAGUUAUCAUAUCGUGAUAAUCCAAAUGAAUUGGCAUUUUUCAGUCUUGUAUUAUCUCAUUAUUUUCUUAUUACAUAUAUUUGUGGUUCACCUGAUUGGAAAAUUGCUGAACAACUUCUUAAUUUAACUAAAAAUCCAAAUUCUACAUUUUGUCAUAGUUUAGCUGAGGCAUGUGCUAAAGGUAUUAUAUUUACAAUGCAUCCAGAUCACCCAGCACAAGAGAAUUUAUCACUAAUAUGUUUAACUGAAGAAAUUCAACGUCUUCUUAAUCAAGGCUCAUUUGUUACUAAAUCUGCUUUACAAUUUCAACCAAAUGCUGGUUUCUUAUUAUUAUUAGUUAUAAAAUUAAUAAAUUGUCCAUAUUUUGGUCCAAUGCAAGAAAUUCAAAAACUACAUACUUAUUUAAAUGGAAUUAUGAAACAAGCACAAUUAUCCACAUCGUCGUCGUCAUCUUCAACGGAUCAAUAUUAUGAUAUUUCCUUACCAUUAGCUUAUAAUUUAAGUCAAAUCGGUGUACGUUUAGGUCAAGAUAUUGAUUGGCUAAUGAAUUCACCUCUAUGUAAAUUGAUAUAUGAAAUUUCAUCAAAAAAACAAAUGGAAUAUGAAAAUUUAUCAAAUUUACCAGAUUUAUUUACUAAUCGUAUCAGUGAUAAUUAUUUACCAUUAGGUGGACAAUUAACUGAAAAUGAAUUAAAUAAUUGGAUAAUGAAUAAUACAUAUUUAUCAUUAUGUUCUUCACGAAAAUCUUCUGGUCUUGCCUAUAUAUCACGUUAUUUAAUUCAACGUCCAAAUGAAUCCAUUCGAUGGAUGUUUUUAUUUUCUUGGUUAUUACAUAAAAAUCCAAUUAGUCAAACUACAAAUUUAUCUACAAUUAAAUUAAAACAAAGUAUGAAUACUUCAAUGAAGACUACAUUAACAAUCUAUACAAAUUUAAUUAUUAAAUGUUUAUUAUGUAUCAAUCAAUUACGUAAUGAAUGUCCUAUGAAUUCAAUAUUUGCUACAGCUUUAGUCAAUUUCAGUUUAUGGUGGUUAACUGUUAAUAAAGAUUAUCACUUAUCUGUACAACAUGAUGAUUUAUAUACGAAUUUAUUGUUAAAUUUACGACGUGCUGCUGUUCUCUUUCCAGAUACACCGAAUAUAUUAUCAACAUUACGAUCGAUAUCAGGAAGAAUUUAAGUAUAUUGUCCAGUGUUUUUUUUUUGUUUAAAUUGAUAUUUUGAAGAAUCAUUAUUUACGUGGAUUAUCAUUAUUAUUAUCAUUGAAAGUCGGUCCCAUCACCGGUGUUGUUAUUGCCCUUUCAUUUUUACAGAUUAUACUUUUAAUACAAAAAUUUUUUUGUUCUUGCCAAAGUCUUGUUCACAUUCAGUUAACUAGCAAAUCCGAAGUCAAUUAAAAUCAGUUCAGAUUU